CCUGGUAUGAUAUUAAUUCAACACUUAGACAUGUUUUCAAAUCCUUCAAGAUUAAAAAAGUUUCGAAAUCUCAGCAAUAAUCAAGGAGAUCAAUUCGAUACAUCUUCUUUACUUAGAAUAAAAUUUCACAUUUCAAUUGCUUAGAGAUUAAACUAAUAGUUUUAAUUCAGAUUUGAUUAAAUAAUUCAAUAUCUCAGUUAGUAAGAAAAAAGUUUAAGUGAUCACAUAAUACUAUUUAAAAUAAACUCUCAGAACUAAUGAAUUAAAUACUUGUAUUAUUCUUCUUAUACUUAUAUAAGCAUAAGUAAACACUUAUCAGUUGUUCGAACAAACUUCAAAUCGUUAACUAAUAUUUUUAUUUUAGACAAGUGAUUUAAUUCAUUCGUUAAUCGUUCGUGUUGAUCAAUCAGAAAUAAAAAUUCAUGAUAAAGAAAAAGAAUGUUCCAAUCUUGAAAAAAGUUUAAUAAAUCUUCAAUCUGAAAUUGAAUCUCGUGUUGAUUACAAUCAAUUUGAACGUUUAUGUGAUGAAUUACAACGCGCAUUAGAUCGAGAAAAACAAGCACAAGAAUUACUUAAUGAACAAAAUAAUCAAUUAAAAUCUUUAACUGAUAUUAUUCAUCAAACACAAAAUGAAAAAGAUUUUAUUCAAGAAAAAUUUAAUCAAAUUAUGCAAAAUGAAAUUCAUUCAAAAGAUAAAAUUCAACACUUAAAUAAAGCUCAUCAACAAAUGGAUGAAAAUGUUAAACGAGCUGAAAAAGCUAUUCGUCUUGUUGUCAGUGAUAAAGAAGCAAUUUCAGCAUAUUGUACUCGAAUUAAUUCUGUAUUGAAUGUAACUGAAAAACGUGGAGUCGAUAAUGUUGAACAGUUAAUAACGCAACUACAUGCACUUGCUCAACUUCCUCAAAAUUUUGAUCAAAAAAGAUCACCACCAGAAAUGGCUUUAUGUCAAAGCAUGGCUUUAGGAUUUGUUAAUUUAUUAAAUCGUUUAAAAGAAUUAUUAAAUACAAAUAGUAAAGAUAUUGAAUCAUUAAAAGAACAUUGUCAAAUGUUAACAGAACAAUUUCGACAAACAUCAGCAGAAGAAAUUUCACAGAUGGAUUCAUCACAAACAAUUAUUGUUCAAGCACAUCCUGUUAGAGUUCAAGUUAAUCAUCAUCCUCAAUCAGCUUUUAAACCAAUUAAAUCUGAACAACACGAUGAUUAA